CGUAACUGUUUUUUUUUUUUUAUGGAGUCACUGCCAUUAGACAGCUCACAAGCCCAAUUUGCAUGGGUGGGCGGGGUAGGCGUGGCUACCCCCUCAGUUAAGAAUGGAGUGGAGAUGUCAGUCAAAAGGCAGAAAAAAAACUACAUUUGUAUCCAGUCCAGCUGCAGGCAGGAUUAGUAGCGGAAGACUGCUAGAGACAAGCAGCUGAUCGGGACAUGGGCAGCAAUCUGCAUCCUCGCCAUGGAGACAACACUGUACGGGGUCCUCAUGCAUUGUAUUUUGAAAAUUUAUCAAGGCAAAAAGUUACCAUGGAGAAGACUCUCAAUCAGAGGAAACUUCGAGUAUGUGUCGCCACCUGCAACAGGGCUGAUUACUCCAAGCUGGCACCCAUUAUGUUUGGCAUCAAAGCAGAGCCAGAUCAGUUUGAAUUGAGUGUGGUGGUUAUAGGAUCUCAUCUUAUCGAUGAUUAUGGUAAUACCUAUCGCAUGAUUGAGCAGGACGAUUUUGAUAUCCAGGCCAGGCUGCACACCAUAGUUAGGGGAGAAGAUGAAGCCGCCAUGGUGGAGUCUGUUGGUCUUGCCCUGGUGAAGCUUCCAGAUGUGCUCAACAGAUUGAAACCAGACAUCAUUGUCGUCCAUGGGGAUAGAUUUGACGCAUUGGCCUUGGCCACCACUGCAGCUCUGAUGAACAUUAGGAUUCUGCACAUAGAAGGUGGAGAAGUCAGUGGAACUAUAGAUGAUUCCAUAAGGCAUGCAAUCACUAAACUGGGCCAUUACCAUGUGUGCUGCACCAGGAGUGCAGAGCAGCACCUGAUAGCAAUGUGUGAAGACCAUGACCGCAUCCUCCUUGCGGGAUGCCCCUCUUAUGACAAGCUUCUCAACGUAAAAAACAAGGACUACAUGAGCAUCAUCAGGAUGUGGUUAGGUGAUGAUGUGAAGCCUGAGGAAUACAUCGUCGCCCUACAACAUCCAGUUACUACUGACAUUCGACAUUCCGUAAAGAUGUUUGAGUUCACUCUGGAUGCGCUCCUCUCCUUCAACAAGAGGACAUUGGUCCUUUUUCCAAACAUCGAUGCAGGAAGUAAAGAAAUGGUACGUGUGAUGAGGAAGAAGGGAAUUGAACAUCAUCCCAAUUUCAGAGCUGUGAAGCAUGUGCCGUUUGAACAGUUCAUACAGUUAGUUGCGCAUGCCGGUUGUAUGAUUGGUAACAGCAGCUGCGGUGUGCGUGAAGCUGGGGCUUUUGGAACUCCAGUCAUUAAUUUGGGAACACGUCAGACCGGAAGAGAGACAGGUGAAAAUGUGCUCCACGUUCGUGAUGCAGACACAGAGAAUAAAAUAAUCCAUGCACUUCAGCUCCAGUUUGGAAAACGCUAUCCUUGCUCAAAGAUUUACGGAGAUGGAAACGCUGUACCAAGGAUUGUGAAGUUCCUGAAAUCCAUCAAUUUAGUGGAACCGCUGCAAAAGAAGUUUUGUUUUCCCCCUGUAAAAGAAAACAUCUCUCAGGACAUUGACCACAUCCUGGAAACUUUGAGUGCGUUGGCUGUGGAUCUAGGAGGCACUAAUCUGAGGAUAGCCAUUGUCAGCAUGAAGGGUGAAAUAAUUAAGAAAUAUACACAGCCCAAUCCAAAAACGUAUGAGGAUAGGAUUGAGCUAAUUCUUAAAAUGUGUGUGGAAGCCGCCUCAGAAGCAGUGAAACUGAACUGCAGGAUUCUGGGAGUAGGAAUUUCCACAGGUGGACGUGUAAACCCUCACGAAGGUGUGGUACUUCAUUCCACAAAGCUUAUUCAAGAGUGGAGCUCUGUUGAUCUUAGAACUCCUCUGUCGGAUACAUUACACCUUCCUGUGUGGGUCGAUAAUGAUGGCAACUGUGCUGCGCUGGCAGAAAGGAAGUUCGGCCAAGGCAAAGGAGUAGAAGACUUUGUCACCGUUAUUACUGGCACAGGAAUUGGUGGAGGAGUUAUUCAUCACCAUGAACUUGUCCAUGGAAGCUCGUUUUGUGCCGGUGAACUGGGGCACAUUAUGGUGUCUUUUGAUGGGCCGGACUGUAUGUGCGGCAGCCAUGGUUGUAUAGAGGCAUAUGCCUCUGGAAUAGCCUUGCAAAGAGAUGCCAAAAAGCUGCAUGACGAUGAUCUGCUGUUGGUUGAAGGCAUGUCGUUGAAAAAUGAUGAAUCUGUUACUGCGGUUCACCUUAUACAAGCAGCAAAACUUGGCAAUACCAAAGCCAGCAAUAUUCUCAAAACUGCUGGAACCGCCCUGGGCAUUGGAAUUGUGAACAUCUUGCACACCAUAAACCCAUCACUAGUGAUCCUUUCUGGUGUCCUAGCAAACCAGUACGUCAACGUUGUGAAGGAAGUGAUACGUCAGAGAGGCCUGGCUUCUGUUCAGGAUGUCGAUGUGGUGGUGUCAAACUUGUCAGAUCCUGCUCUUCUGGGCGCAGCAAGCAUGGUGCUCGAUUACACCACACGUAGAACCUACUAGUGAACCCAAGACGUUUAUACUAUAACAUAGACUUUGGUUUAUCAUCUUAAUACAACUCGAACUUGCGUGAAUUAAGAUGUCUGUGUAACAAACUUACUUUCAGGAUAAAGCUGGUCUAGGCAUCCUGAAAGCUA